AUGCAUCAACAAUUUUUGUGCAAAUUUUUGUUGCUACUUUGGGUUUUCCUAUGUAUUUCCGAUGCCCAAUGUCCUGUCGACUUCGAGUCAGUGCCUGGGGAGAAGACCUGUGUCGCCAUUUUUAACGAACCGACCUUCUACCCGGAUGCCAUUCGAAAGUGCUCGUCGGUCGGAGGAGUGUCAGCGAAAAUCGAAAAUGUUUUUCAGAAUAGCUACUUCUUUUCGACUUUGCCUUCAAAGACAAACGGGACAGCCCCCUACAUUGGAGUAGAGAAGAAGCCGGGCGGUGGGUGGACGUACUCGGAUGGAGCGCCGCUUAUCUAUCAAAAUUGGAAUAACGGUGAGCCACAGUCAACGAGCAACUCGAGCAUCUGUGCGAUAAUGGAUCCACGAAAUGGGAAAUGGAAUGCGGCCGAGUGUUCGUUUGCUCGACCGUUUGCCUGCUCGAUUAAUCAUGACGAAGCUGUCUGUCCUGACGAAUGGAUGCCCUUUCAGAACCAAUGCUACUAUCUACGGAAUUUCACGCUUGUGAACGGGAAAUGGCAACUCUAUUUGUAUGCAGACGCCGAAAAAGAGUGCACAAAUGUUGGCUCGCAUCUGGCGUCAAUCCAUUCGAAAGAAGAACACGAUUUCAUCUUUGAUUUAAUCUACGCAAAUGUCAAAGGGAUGACCGAUCCCUCACCGGACAGUUACCCAUGCAAUUGGGGCUGGGCCUUUAUCGGGCUUACAGGCACCGGUGCCGCAAACGAUUCAACGUGGACCGACGGGUCGCCGACUGACUUUUUAGGUUAUCCGCUCAAUGUCACGUCGACUUUCCGCUAUUGGAUGAUAUCCAACGAUCACUCGUGCAAUACAUGGUUUUGGGAUUCCAACGCGGCAACAACCGCGACGGCCCGUUUUGUCUGCAAGAAACCCGUCGAAGCGUUGAUUCAACCAAAGACAAAAACCUCAAAAACUCCCGAAAAACGACCAAGAAAAGCGGCCAAAUUCGGAUGUCCUGCUGGUUUUUCGCAGUUUCCCGAAGAGAACGCAUGCUUUGUCUUUGUGUCGAAACCUGCUUUCUACGUGGACGCGAUUCGCGGUUGCAAUCAACUUGGGUCGGUCGUUGUGAAGAUUCAAAACAUUCUCGAGAAUAGUUACUUGUUUGGCUUGAUGUCAGCCGUGAAAGGACAGGCGUACAUUGGAGUGGAGAAGAAGCCAACCGGGGAGUGGACGUAUGGUAACGGAGAGACGCUUCUCUACCAAAAUUGGGAUGUUGAUGAGCCGAGCAACGCUUCCAAUUCAAGCAUUUGUGCGGUGAUUGAUCCAGAUUCGGGGAAAUGGAAAGCCGCUGAGUGCUCUUUUGCUCGUCCAUUCAUUUGUAUUUUUGCCGAUCAAGCCAAUCGUUGUCCCUAUCAGUGGCAUUAUCUCGAGAAGUCAAACUCGUGCUACUAUCUAAAGGAUUUCGCGCUCGAUCCGCUAGGUAUGUGGAUUUCCUAUAAUUUCACGUACGCUGAGAGUUGGUGCAGUGAGAUCGGCGGAAAAGACUCGCAUCUCGUGUCGAUUCAUUCGAUGGAGGAACUUGAGUUUGUUUAUGACCUAAUCUACUCAAAUGUGGCCGGAAUGUCCAAUGUGGCGUCCAACAAUGACUCGUGUCGCUUUCAGCCAGCUUACUCGGGACUGUAUAUGGACGGCUACAUACGCGAGUCAACGGCUACUUGGAGUGAUGCAUCGCCGUUUGAUUUCGUCCCCUAUCCUUACACGUAUUAUGGCAGCAGUACCAUGUAUCUAUGGGUGCUGCAAAACGACAAAUCGUGCAAUGUAAAGGGAUGGCAAGGGGACAUCGAAUCGAACUAUUUGUCGACUCGUUUCGUAUGCAAAAUGCCAGCAAAGGCAGUG